UGAAGAGCUGAAGUCUGUACAACCAGAGAAGAAGAUGACACAACAAGAAGUCGCAGCUCUAACGUGCACGGUGGUGUUGACACUCAUAACUUGCGCACUAUCAGCAUAUGCAAUAGACGAAACCAUAGUCCAAGUCACAGACAGUCGAAGAUAUGCUGAUCUUCUGGGCACUGAAGAGAAGUUCAAGAUUUUCAUUGAGGACUACAGCAAAGAGUACGCUACAAGAGAGGAGUACCUGCACCGCCUCGGGAUCUUCGCCAAGAACAUGAUCAGGGCCGUUGAGCACCAAGCGAUUGAUCCAACGGCUGUCCACGGCGUCACGCCCUUCUCGGAUUUAUCGGAGGAGGAGUUUCAGAGACUGUACACUGGGGUUAGAGUUCGGCCACAGUUGAAUCGGAAGGUGCAAGAAGAAGAUGCAACGGUGGAGGGUUCUGAUGAUGAUUUGCCUGAGAGUUUUGAUUGGAGAGAAAAAGGUGCUGUCACUGACGUCAAGAUGCAGGGUGCAUGUGGAUCAUGCUGGGCUUUUAGUACCACUGGAGCUGUUGAAGGUGCAAACUUUGUUUCAACAGGGAAGCUUCUCAAUCUGAGUGAACAACAGCUUGUGGAUUGUGAUCACACGUGUGACAGGAAGGACAAGAGGGCUUGCGAUAAUGGAUGCAGGGGAGGGCUAAUGUCGAAUGCGUAUCGGUAUUUGAUAGAGGCGGGAGGUUUAGAAGACGAGGCUUCAUAUCCUUAUACCGGGAAACGCGGUGAAUGCAAGUUUGAUCCGCAGAAAGUAGCCGUUCAGGUUGUGAAUUUUACUGAUAUCCCGGUGAACGAGAAGCAAAUUGCAGCCAAUUUAGUUCAACACGGUCCCCUAGCUGUUGCGCUGAAUGCAGUUUUUAUGCAAACGUACAUCGGUGGAGUGUCAUGUCCACUCAUCUGCGGCAAGAGAUGGAUCAACCAUGGCGUUCUACUUGUUGGGUAUGGUGCGAAGGGGUUCUCCAUUCUCCGGUUGGGCAACCAGCCAUACUGGAUCAUCAAGAAUUCGUGGGGCAAGCGAUGGGGAGAACACGGAUAUUAUCGCCUUUGUAGAGGUCAUGGCAUGUGUGGAAUAAACACCAUGGUCUCUGCGGUGGUAACCCAAGUCUCCUAAUUAUAUUUUGCGUCUGUCUAUGCCUUGCUACUUAUAAAAUAAUCUCAGUCAUUUUGUUGUUAUAGUUUAUGCAACUCAAAGAUUAAAGUACUUGUACGGGGCUUAAUAGGUUUUAAUGGCAUGGAUUUUGGAGUAGUGAUUUGGAUGAGCUAA